AUACCGAAUUCGCAUAAUCGCGUAAGCACAAGCUAAACAAACUGACUCACGACGGAGCUUUUGAGUCCUAUGAUGUGUGAAGCCUCGCGAUAGGUGACCGAGAUGAGUGGUGUGCAGGGAAUUAUCGUGAGUGGCGAGGCGUCAGAGUCAGAUGAAGAGGAGGAGUUUUGUGCGGCCCAGGCCAAAGGCCAACUACGUUAGUGACGGCGUGUUAAGUACUGUACAUGUAUGCUUGGGUUAUCUCCCAAAAUGUUGCUCUAGAGUUGCACAGAGAGCUCAAGGAAUUGCAAGUGGGGGCAGUGUAGUCAGACAACUUACUCCAGUGCAGCACCACCAGCAACCACAUCUUAUCAAGAGAACCCAUGUCUCUCUCCUCCACCAGAAGCUAUGGGAGACCAACGCAUCCUUAGAGCAAAACUUGGCUGAGUGCAUCCGUGGCCCACUGAAGGAACAGAGCAGCCGCAUGCAACACCUCAGCGGAACCUUAUCAGCAGUUCAAACCUCCACCCUGUCAACUCACAAUGCUCUCACUCAAGCCUCUCGCAACCUCUCUCGUACUGACUUCCUUCUUGCUGGCUUAGAUGAUAACCCUUUGUCCUCACUGAAAAUUGUGCAAUGACAAACAAGUAAAUAGAACAUUUAACAUACCAUUAAGUAUGUACAUAGACAGUUACUGUUAUUCUUGUUAUAGUGUGUGUUGCUUCUGUGCUGGCAAUUCUUGUAUACCCUCAUUCUUUCACAUCUAUUCUCUCCAAGUGAUGUAAGUCCUCUCAGGGUGCUACAGUUUACUACCACCACAAUUCCUCUUCUAUGUAAUCUCAUUAUUGCAGCACCAAUGUAUCCACUUAAUAGUUUUUAUUGCACACACCAAGCAUUCCAACUAUGCUCCAUUCUACUUUCCACUGUGUAGCAACUCUUAGAUGACUAAUUUAUCUAGAUUACAUCAGAGACCUUUGAUUACUGUGAUGGCAAAGAUCAGUGCUAAACUACUUAACCAUCAUGUGAUUUUUCACUGUAAGCACACCUUCCUCCCUUUUAUAACAAGCUGAAAUGAUCCUAUCACUUUAGCUCUCUCCAUCUCUUCAUAUUUGCACUUCACUACCACACCAUUCUACUCUAUGUAGAUCUGAAACAUCUAACAUUUUUUCUCUACAAACAAAUAUGUAAGAGGAAAACUUUUGAUAGAUAUCAUCAAAGGUGUGUGUGUGUGUGUGUGUGUGUGUGUGUGUGUGUGUGUGUGUGUGUGUGUGUGUGUGUGUGUGUGUGUGUGUGUGUGUGUGUGUGUGUGUGUGUAAUGAUCAUAUCAAACAUAAUACAGUUACAGUUCCUAAUAUGUUAUCAAUGACCCAGUCAUUGCAAUAGAACUUUGACUAAUAAAGAAAAAUUUCCCAAGUUAGAUGCUUCUCAAUUUGAUAUGACGGGUGUGGCUUUUAAGUUCACUUCAUGGCUAAACAAUGACAACAUUCCAUCUCAAUAUUUUCCCACAGAUGUACAUAAUUUGAUAAUAAUGUAUUCAUCACAUAUAAAUAAUAUUACCGAGUUGUCAGUAUAUCUUGCAAUUGGCCCAAAGUCUGGAUAGUAUCCAGUCAUAGACACUUAUGGUUGACUUUAUUAUUUUCUUAAAUUAUCCACAUUUCAUA